GGACCAGAUGCCUGCCUCGUCUGCGUUUUGCAAAUACUUCCCUUUCGGCUAAACCGCGCGCAGCACGAAGGCUAAUACUCAUGAACCAUUUUCUCGUCCUCUUCUCCCAGACACUGCCCACUCAUCCGAGCCUUCUGUGAGCAGACAGAGCAGACAACAUGGCUCUCAGCUUCCAGCCUUGGCCUCCUUUAAUUUGGCUGUGCAUGGGACUGCUUCUGUGCUCGUCCUUGCCAGUGCAUUGCAAACAAUGUCCUCGUUUGUGCGUCUGCGAGAUCCGCCCUUGGUUCACCCCCCAGUCAACCUACAAGGAGGCCACGACAGUGGACUGCAACGACCUGAGGCUGACGCAUAUCCCCAGCAACCUGUCGGUGGACACCCAGGUGUUGCUGCUCCAGAGCAACACCAUUUCUCGCACCAGCGGAGAGCUGGAGGCGCUGUUCAAUCUGACCGAGCUGGAUCUAUCCCAGAAUAACUUCAGCACCGUGGGAGCGGUGGGGCUCCGGAGCAUGAAUCACCUGACCACCCUGCAUCUUGAGGAGAACCAGAUCACGGAGCUGCCCGACCACUGCCUGGGGAACCUCUCCAACCUGCAGGAGCUCUACAUCAAUCACAACCAGAUCAGCUCCAUCUCGCCCCGAGCCUUCGCAGGGCUGCACAGCCUGCUGCGCCUGCACCUCAACUCAAACAAGCUCCAUGUGAUAGACAGCCGCUGGUUCGAGCAAACACCCAACCUCGAGAUCCUAAUGAUCGGGGAAAACCCAGUGAUUGGCCUUCUUGACAUGAACUUCAAGCCCCUGGGAAGGCUGAGGAGCCUCGUCCUUGCCGGCAUGGAUCUCACCGACGUUCCGGGAAAUGCAUUUGUAGGUCUAGAUAAUCUGGAGAGCAUUUCUUUCUAUGACAACAAACUGGCCAGGAUCCCUCAGCUCGCCCUUCAGAAUGUCCCUAAUCUAAAAUUCUUGGAUUUAAAUAAAAAUCCGGUUCACAAAAUUCAAGAAGGAGACUUCAGAAAUAUGCUGCGUCUCAAGGAACUGGGUAUUAACAACAUGAUGGAGUUAGCUGCCAUUGAUCGCUAUGCUUUGGAUAACCUUCCUGAACUGACAAAACUGGAGGCCACCAACAACCCGAAACUGUCUUACAUCCACAGGUUGGCAUUUCGAGACAUGCCUUCGCUGGAGAGCCUGAUGCUCAACAACAACGCCCUGACCGCCCUCUACCAGCACACGGUGGAGGUGUUGCCUAAUUUGCGAGAAAUCAGCCUUCACAGCAACCCACUGCGUUGCGAUUGCGUCCUCCAGUGGAUGAGCUCCAACAGGACCACGGUGCGAUUCAUGGAGCCCCUGGCCAUGCUCUGCACUUCCCCGCCAGAGCUGAGGGGCCAGCGUGUCCGGGGGUUGAAGCUACUGGAGUCCCCGGAGCAGUGUCUGCCCCUCAUCUCUCACGACACCUUCCCCAGCCACCUGAACCUGGAGCUGGGCAUGAGCGCGAGCCUGGAUUGCAGAGCGAUGGCCGAGCCGGAGCCCGAAAUAUACUGGGUCACUCCUCUGGGAACUAAAAUCACGAUAGACACUGCGUCGGAGCGCUACCACCUGAGCGGUGACGGGACCCUGUGGCUGUCACACGUGCAGGUGGAGGACUCUGGUCAUUACACAUGCGUGGCCCAAAACACAGAAGGCGCCGACACACGGGUCGCCACCAUCCGCGUCAACGGCACCCUGCUGGACAGCGCCCAGGUGAUGAAAAUCUACGUGAAGCAGACCGAGUCUCACUCCAUCCUGGUCUCCUGGAAGGUCAACUCCAACGUCAUGUCCUCCAACCUGAAGUGGGCUUCGGCCACCAUGAAGAUUGACAACCCGCACAUCACCUACACCGCCCGCGUCCCCGUGGACGUUCACGAGUACAACCUCACGCACCUUCAGCCCGCCACCGAGUACGAGGUGUGCCUCACGGUCUCCAACGUUCACCUGCAGAUGCACAAGUCUUGCGUCAACGUGACAACACGCAGCGCGACCUUCGCCCUGGACCUGUCGGACCAGCACCCGAGCGCCGCCGUGCUGGCCAUAAUGUCCACCAUGCUGGCCUUCCUCAGUCUGGCUACCGUUGGCGUCUACAUGGCCCGCAGAUGGAAGAGGAAAAACUACCACCACUCCUUGAAAAAAUACAUGCUGAAGACCUCGUCCAUCCCUCUUAAUGAGCUCUACCCUCCACUCAUUAACCUGUGGGAGGCAGAGGGCGAGAAGGACAAAGAUGGCGGCGCAGAGGGGAAACCCUCCCCGGUGGACACCACGCGCAGUUAUUACAUGUGGUGAGGAUUAAGUACGGAGGCCCGACUGCCUCUUCAAGCAGCACAAAAAGACACACUUUUGCAAUUUUGGUGCAAAAGUCAAGUAAAGUUGCAAAUGUUCUUUUGUAUUCUCAGCUUUGCUAAUAAGAGGCAGAGUGAUCAAGUGCAGGAUUUUUAUUAGUAUAGCGUAUCGCCUUUGAUUCUUUCUAUCUCUUUAUUGUUCCGGACUCUCUGAAAUGGCAGCUGUAUUUAGCCUCCAGGUCGUCUUAGUUGCUUUGCUUUCUUUCUGUGGUGCAUUUUUUUUGACUCACUUUCUUUUGGGUUGAUUUUAAAGCAAUAUGGCCGAACGAACGGUCUUCUUGCAGCAUUAGUAGAAAGCAGUGUUUAUUUCUCUGUUUUGUAAAACAGUUAAUCUGUUGUGCACUGAUAGAUAAUGGAGUUUGUAUGAACUCAAUUUAAAAGCUGACAGCGGGGUUUAGACUUGUUAAACUGUCUACUGAAUGUUAGCAACUGUGCAGUAAUGUUGUAUCAACUAUACCUUUGAACUCUCAUUUAUACUGCAAGAGAAUAGGAUUUUAGUUUGCUGGUAAAUGUGAUGUUUAAUGCUAGAAAUAAAAACCUGAAAAUCUUUUUUUUUUUAACUAUUAAGUUGCACUAGAAAAUUUUGGUCAUUCCUCAUUAAUUUGUUUGGCUAGACCUUUUUGCUUAAUGCUUAGUUUAUUUUCACAUGCAAUAUGUACUGUUGAAGUAAAAUAAAUAAAGUUUUGGUUCUUUUG